AGCUUCUAAAACAAGUCACUAUGCACCCCACUCCUCCGUCCCCGCGUUCGUCUGCUGUCGUGUGCUUUCCGCUCGACUGUCUCUGUACUGCUAGCUCUUUAUAAGGUCACCUUGGUUGGUGAGUUCAGUGGACAGUUUUUGGUCCUUAGUCUGUUUCGCAUUUUGGCGGCCACGGUUCACUUCUCUUUUUGUUCUUGAACUGUACUCCCGCCCUGCCUGUUAGUCAUGAAAAUUUCAAAAUCCUGUCCCUUUAAUCGCUCACGUUUUUCUGUUGCAGCCUUAUGGCCACAGCAGUUUCAAAGUCUUUAUAUCAUCUCUUAGGUGAACUAGGAAAAUAACUUGAUAACUGCUUUUAUUGCCCCUGAAAUAGAUUAUUUAUUGGAUCGUGAGUAUAUGCAGCAUUCAAAACAGAAGAAAAUACACAUGCUCAGGCUUUACCCUCACAAAUACGUUCAGUAGGUCUAGGUCAGAUACCUCGCUGAAUUAAAAACCAGUGCCUGUAUCAGGUUCCUCUGUGGAAAAGGUGACUCUUACCCAUCAAUUUGUUGUCUGCUCACUGUGAAGUAGGAAAAUAGCAAACAUCUAAAGAAUAUGCUUAGGCCAGGGAGGAAGGUAGGCCUCAAAUUGAAGCAUGUAUUGAUUGGUAGGGAAAAAACUUGAAUUAUGAGCCUUUUUGGGAAUGGGUUAAAGUUGAUGGCUUUUAGGAGAAUGGUCAAAGUGCUGUUCCAGGAUUAAUCCCGUGAGAACACAGCAACAGCACAGGGAAAAAGGGAGAUGGAGAAGCUAGGACAGCAGUUAGCUGGCUUUGCCAUCACGUGGGCACCGGGGAAACUGGUCCCAAACUUGGUGGUGGGACUAGAAAAGGGGUGGAUCCAUCUGAAGAAGUACAGGAGGGCUGGCUGCUGGUUGAUGGCGAGUGGUGGGGAGGGGCAGGCCUCAGGGACAUCUCCCAAGCUGGGUGUAUGUGCCACAGCCAAAAGUCACCACGUCUGUGGAUGGGCUUUGACUGGCAUCAUUCAUCUUUGGAGGUUGGGGUGCUUUCGGAUGCAUGAUGGCAAGACCUAGCUCCUGAGGCUGUUCUGUACACCUGACUGUAGCUAUUUGGAACUGAGAUGGGGUGGGGUGACAGUGAAGGUGGGCUUCAUGCUUGAUGCCUCCAGGUCAUUGUAGGUCUUUCUGGAAUGCAUGGGGAAGAUGAAGAAGAGGAGCUGCCUUCCUCCCUUGUCUCCAGUGCACUCACCGGAGGGUGUUCACUUGCCUAAGUCCCACAGCCCCACCAGCCCCACCAGGUCCCACAACCCCAAAUACCCCCUGUCCUCCCCACCCGCAAUGCUUGGCAGAUGGAGAUUUACUAAGACUGUAGAUCAGUUGUGGCCUUGACCUCCUUCUCUCUGCUCAACUGAUACACUAGACCUCUCCAGAGAAGGACGUAACUAGUAAAUAAUGAGAGAUAAGCGCAGGAGGUAUGAGAGAAUAAACAGGAAAUGAGCACACGUGUCUCAAAUUCCAGCUCCUGCGGUGUUGGGCCUGUCGGGACUUCUCAGCAAGGCUGGUUCUGCUCCUCUGGUAGAAGCUUCUUCACCUGUGGGGUCUCUUAGUCUCCCUUGUUGUGAAGUACGCUGUUUGCAAACCCAAAGAGUGAACCCAUGGUUGGACGAGGAGGCUAAAUAUUUUAGGGUGGUAAUGACCAUCCUGGAUUCCUAGCUGUGGUCACUCCUGUCAAACCUGUCUGCCCUGGGUGACGUGCUACUUCUCUCCUUCCAUUCCCUUUCCAGGCCAGACUGGAGAAGGAGAGAGGGCUGCUUCUUUGCCCUUCCUCUUCAGGAAACUUAGCUCUCUCCACCGCGGACCGCCAUGGAUUUCAUAUUUCAGUUGCUAGGGAACUAGGACCAGGGAGCCCCUCGUUCUUAAUCCUUCGGAGACCACAGAAGAUUGCCACAUUGAGCCUGUGAAGGGCAUCAGACCAGGGUUUUCACUCUCUCCCCGACAACCUCUGCCUUCCGGGGAAUGCUGGUAGCUGCUGCUUCAGCAUGGGACGCGGGCCCCUUCCCCACUCCCUGUGAGCAGCCCGGGGGCCCAGGGGUCCGCGGGGAUGCCUGUUAGCCGCCAGCAGUCAGAGUCUUCGGAGAUGGAGCCGGACGCGUCACCCGGCGGCAGGCUCGGCGACCUGAGCCGAGGGGGCAGCUUGGAGAGCGGAAGCAGCGGUUCCCGCUCCAGGAGUGUCACGCUGGAUGAUGAGAGCCUCAAGUACCUGACACAUGAGGAAAAGGAUGUCAUCCUGUUUUUUGAAGAGACUAUUGAUUCCCUGGAAGAUGAUUGUGAGGAGCAAGUCCUGUGUGACAGCGGCGUGCACUCCCACUCUCCAGGGUCUCUGGACGAGAGUGCUUCCAGUCACUCGGAGCCAGGAGAUGUCCUCGAUUUAGUGCAGCCGGCACCUGAGGAGGGGGAACCCGAGCUCCUCCCGGCUGCGACUGAGACAGCAGGGGCUGGCCCUGCCGGGAAGGAAGACAGUCCUGUCUUCGAAUGCGGGAAACCAGAAGCCCAGGGUCGUCCAUCACCAGACCCCGAGGCUCCAGAGGCCCCUCCUGUGCUGCCCUCCCAACCGGUGGCCGCCCCGGCGACAGAGCCCCCCAGGAGAGAGCUGCCGGCCUCCGCUGCUCCCGCGGAGCACCCCAAACUGCCCCGCUCCGUUCCCACCCCCCUGGUUAUCGCUCAGAAAAUGUCUGAGAAGUUGGCGGGAAGUGAAACAUUUUCACCGGCGUCCCCCACCGAGGAGGGCAGGCCCGGGGAGUGGAGGACGCUGCCCUCGGCGACCCCUCGUACGGGGGGCCGCCUCCCGUGGCACAGACACCCGGCGCAGCCGGUGCCCAAGGUUCACCGCUUCCCCAGCAACAUCAGCGUGACCAACAGCGCGGGGAAGGAGUUCAACAAGACCAUCUCCAGGGCGGCGGUCAGCGUGCAGGAGCGGAAGGCCCGGGUGUUGGCCAACAUCAACGGGGUCUCUUUCCUGUCCCCGGGGGACCCUGAAGGCCGGGCCCCCGGGGGUGACCUCGCGGAGCAGGGGAGCAGCGGCUCUCCGGAGCAGGGGCCGCGUGGCCGGAGCGAGGCCGGCCCCGUCCACGAAGCCGUGUCCGUGCAGGCCGGCGGGCAGCCCGGCGCUCAGCGGUCCCGAGGCGUGCAGACGGAAUGGUCCCCACCGCUGGCCAACGGCUUCCAGAGCAUCCACGAUGUCCUGAAGAGCGAGCCCAGUGCCUUCGUCUCGACCGGAAAAACUGUCACCUUCCGUCCAGACCCGGCUCUCACCAGCAAACUCGCUCGCCAGAACGCCAGCAAGAGCUUUUAUGAGCACCGGCAGCCGGACUGCGGCCAGGAUGCUAGGAAGCGGUCAGGUUCACUGCCCAGGGCUGUGGGCUUCAGACCCCAGGGCAUCACCGUCCAGUUCUCUGGCCGCGGUUCCACGGAGGAGGCCCGCCGGGAGGCCCUGCGGAAGCUCGGCCUCCUCAAGGAGAACUUGUGAUGGAGAAUGAGACUGGGGCUGGGGAGGCUGGGUGGCCAGGGCAGGGGAUGUGCACGUAAGGGGCGGAGCAACAGCCCCGGUGCUGUGCCCUGUGCAGGACGACACGUGACAGGUGCCAGGACUCCGUGGUCUGGGCCGAGGGACUGGGGACAGUAAGUGCCACCCGACUCUGUGGCCGCAUCUGAGUAGGAAUAGCCUUCUGUGAAAGACAGUCCGGCCCCAUAUCUUGUCUUCCUUUUUCCGGGGGCUCAGAGAAUAACCGUUAACACCCGAAAUGCCAUCCUAUCUUUUGAGGAUUCAGAAGGAGGGGGAUUGGGUCUGAUUUGUUAUUCUUCAGUCCCUAAUGUUGACUUUUAUCCCAAGGACAUGACACGCAAGCCAGUUUAGGUCUCUUACACUCAGUUAUCUAUGACAGGGAUCUCCCCCUCCUUUUCUAAGAAAAUAAAAACGAAAUGCCUGUUUAAUUUUCGUAAUGUCUUCAAAUACUUCUUUGGGUCUUCUGUUUGGUUCUGAAGGAUAAAGGAUGGUGUGUUAGCCCUAGACGUGCCUUUGUUUCUGGGUAGAAUUUGGUCUGCCUGUUUUUUAAUUGAAAAUUGAAAUGAAACCUUUAGAGUAUGAUUUACUAUAAUUUUGAGUUCUGGGAGUGGAAUGGAAAAGGGUGGAUUUGGAAAAGGUGGUAAUUUUCAGAAAGCAAGUCUGAUCAGACCGUGGGGGCCAUGUCACUGGGGGAUACGUGGAUGAGUGUGUAUUGUGUAUAUACGUGUACAUGUGUUUAUAGAAGCCUAUGUGCACGCACGCGCACACACACACACAGGUAUCGUAUGUGCACACACACACAUUCAUUAGUACACAUACAUAAACUUCUUAAAACCCUAUCAAGUGACUACAGGAUGCGAGGCAUGCCUUCCCGUUCCCUUGACAGAUGCUGCUGUCCCAGCUGUGAUGGGUGACAUCGAGACUGGCACCUUGAAAAGGGCACAUCUCCAUAAUCAAAGUGCUUCCUCCUCACCCAUAAGUUGCUCUGUACACAAGGAGAGUAAUAGCCCAGGUAGGCUUCCAGAUAAGCAGACAGUUCCUUCUUUAGAGAAGAACACUUUUAAGAGAUGUAUCACCAAAUUUUAACCUGCUUUCAGCUUAUCACCCAAUUUUAGUUGUGCAUGUUCCAAGGCAGCUACCGAACAGACGGAAACAAAGAAAUUCUUAAGACCCCUUCGUGUUCUGGGAGCGAGACCUUGGGAUUAGUUUUUGAGGGGAAAAAGCAGCAAACUGGUUUACACAAUGUGAAAAGAACUGUAUUCUCCCAGACUAUGUUUUACAAGCUGAGUUGUAGCCACGAGCAUUAUUAAAACUAUUUAAGGCUGGAGUCUUAAGCCUCUAAAAAUAGACUGGGAAGGGCCAUGCUUUUAAGUCACGCCCUUCUGUUAUUCUGUCUCAGCCAGUGUCACAGAAUCAGUUUCUUCCUGUUGAGUAUUAUUUCAGUUCAUACUUUUAAAUAUGCUGUGAAGUGCGUCCUUUAUAGUAUUCGUAUAUAGUAUGUAUCUGCCUUAUAGCAAGUUACAUAAAAUGAUUGUCAUUUUUUUCCUUAGAACUAUAGUUUUUAGUGUCUCAUCCGGCCCGUGUCCUCCUGAAAUAAUCUUAUAGACUCUUGAUGGAUUUAAUUUAAAUAGGUGCUUUGAUUUUUUUGGUUUUGAAAAUAGUUUUUAUUGUACUCCUAUUUAUGUUGGAUUUGUUUGAAGAAGUCUUGAGGGAUGUAUUACCUUUUUACAAAGUGAGAUGCCAUACAUGGUGUUUCAAAUUAGAGGGUCUUGAUUAUGGCUGACAUUUUAAACAUCCUUUAAAUACGAGGAUUAUCUCUUUUAAGUUAUCCUAUGACUUCAUUGUGAUUAAGGUGAACUUGACUAUAUAGGAGUAUAUUUGUUCUCAUAAUGACAUUUUUGGAAAAAUAAAUGUAGAGAUUUAAGUAUAAA